AUGGCUGAACUUCUCGAGCAACGAUCUUCAAUAUCGCUUCAAUUGAUAGAUGCGCUAUUAGAGGUUUUUGGUGAAUUCAAUCAAUUAAACAUCUGGUCCAAAGUAACGAAAGAUGACUUUACUGUUAAAAGAUUUGAUCUCGGCAAUGACAGUAACUUGUGCUGCUGUCAACUAACUGAAACUGCAAAAUCAAAAUUGAAUUUUAGCUCACCUAAGGAUUGUGAAGGUGUGGUUGUCAAAUUUUUAACUUUUGGAGACAAUGGUAUCACCGAUAACGGACUUUCACUAGCAGACAUUGUUGCUGUCAACACUGUUCUUUCCAUCAAUCAAAUAUCGCCUAAACUCCUUUUUGCUAACAGCAAGUGUUAUGUACAUGAGUACAUUAAAAGCCGAAUUUAUACUUUUGAAAAUGAUGAUAAUCCAGAAGUGGUAAAGUGUUUAGCGAGAAUUCUUGCAAAAUUCCAUUCCCUUGAUGCACCCAUUUCAAAUAAUGCUUACAAAACAUCACAAAAAAGCUAUGAAGAUUUUUUCAACAGAAGAAAACACAUUUACGGUUGGGGCAACACUGAAGCAACAGGCCAAAAGUAUUUGAAGGCAUUGGAAAAUCACCCCGAAAUUAAAGAACAAUACUAUGACGAGUUUGCUAAAAUUGAUUAUCAUAGUGAAAUAGUCUACGUUCAAAAUCUCAAAGAACGCCUAGAUUCGCCCAUUGUUUUUGCUCAUUCAGACUUUAACCGUGGCAAUCGGCUAGUUGUAAAAGACAGUAAAGAUCAACUGGAAAAGAUCUAUCUCAUCGAUUUUGAUGCCACUAGCAUGAACAAUAGAGGUGUUGAUUUUGGAGAUUAUUUUUCCAACUACCGUCACAGAGAAGAUUUUGCCAAUGAAGGCUUUCCAAGUGAUGAAGAUAUGGCUCUCUUUUUAAAUGAAUAUCGAGAAAAAUGUGCACAAAUUUUUGGAACGGAAUUUUUAGAUAAAAAAGAAAACUCCUUAGAGCAUAUGAUUGACGAGGCAAAAAUUUAUACCCUGGGCUCUUACAUUGGUGGCACCUUUUUCGGGCUAAUGUGGUACCAAGAGGCGCAUGAUACUGGCAAAGGCCAGUAUUUUUUGAAUGUUGCUAAAAAUCAAAGUCGUGGUUACAAUCGCUUAAAAAAGCGUUUCAUUGAAGAUGGGACAAUUCCAAGAAUAUUGCAAAUGCCCAAAUGA